CCUCUUUGGCUACAGACGAGGGGUCUCCGCGGUCGGGGGAGAAAGAUGGCGUCGUCGAGGCCGGGAGUCGAGUCGCGCGGGCUCCCGCCGCCGCUGCCCUUGCUGCUGCUGCUGCUGCUGCUGCUCCGGACGCCCUGGCCGGCGGCGUCCCACGGCGGCAAGUACUCGCGGGAGAAGAACCAGCCCGAGCCGCCGGCGCAGCGCGAGCCCUCCGGGGAGUUCCGCAUGGAGAAGCUCAACCAGCUGUGGGAGAAGGCCCAGCGGCUCCAGCUCUCUCCCGUGAAACUGGCCGAGCUCCACGCGGAUCUGAAGAUGCAGGAGAGAGAGGAGUUCGCCUGGAAGAAGCUGAAGGCUGAGGGCCUCGACGCAGACGGGGAGAAACAGGCCAGACUCACGCGCAGCCUCAGCGUGAUCCUGGCCAAGUACGGCCUGGACGGGAGAAAGGAUACCCAGGCCGUGAACAGCAACUACCUCAGCGACACCGCCGAGGACGACACCCUGGGAGACCCCAAGCUGGAGAAGCUGUGGCACAAGGCAAAGACUUCGGGCAAGUUCUCCGGCGAGGAGCUGGCCAAGCUGUGGCGGGAGUUCCAGCACCACCAGGAGAAAGUGCGGGAGUACAACGUGCUGCUGGACGCCCUGAGCAGAAGCGAAGAGACCCUGGAGAACGUCAUCAGCCCGUUGGACGCGGGCCGCGUCAAGGAGGACGUGCUGCACAGCAAGCACGCGGAGCUGAAGGACCGGCUGCGCCACAUCAACCGGGGCUACGACCGCCUGCGCCAAGUCAGCCACCGGGGCUACGGCGCCGAGGCCGAGUUUGAGGAGCCCCGAGUGAUAGAUCUGUGGGACAUGGCCAAGUCCGCCAACUUCACCGAGAAGGAGCUGGAGUCCUUUCGGGAGGAGCUGAAGCACUUUGAGGCCAAAAUCGAGAAGCACAACCACUACCAGAAGCAGCUGGAAAUCUCUCACCAGAAGCUGAAGCACGUGGAGAGCUUCGGGGACCAGGAGCACGUGAGCCGCAGCAAAGAGCGAUAUGCCGCGCUGGAGGGGAAGGCCAAGGAGCUGGGCUACAAGGUAAAGAAGCACCUACAGGACCUGUCCAGCCGCGUCUCCAGAGCGCGCCACAACGAGCUCUGACCGGGAAGGAGCGGGGACGCCGGGACCCGGCUCUGCCCGAGGACGCGCCCGGGACAGGACUUCGGAGGAGGCGCGGUGGGGACCGGCGGGCGUCGGCGGUGCGGGAGGCCUGCUCCCGUCCCCCGAGAGCCCGGUGGGAGGUCGGCUUGGAAUCUGCCCCUGGAGAUACCGCGUCCGGAAAAACACGUCACGGGGUUUAAAGCGUCCAUGAUCUGAC